GUCCCCGCUGCUCCACACUCGCCAUGUGUCCUGGGGCACUGUGGCCGCUGCUUUGGGGAGCCCUGGUCUGGGCGGUGGGAUCCGUGGGUGCCGUGAUGGGCUCGGGGGAUUCCGCGCCCGGUGGUGUGUGCUGGCUCCUGCAGGGCAGAGAGGCCACCUGCAGCCUGGUGUUGAAGACAGACGUCAGUCGGGAGGAGUGUUGCGCCUCCGGCAACAUCAACACAGCCUGGUCCAACUUCACCCACCCGGGAAAUAAAAUCAGCCUGCUGGGCUUCCUGGGCCUGGUGCACUGCCUGCCUUGCAAAGAUUCCUGCGACGGCGUGGAGUGUGGCCCCGGCAAGGCGUGCCACAUGGUGGGGGGCCGUCCACACUGCGAGUGCGCACCCGACUGCGAGGGGCUUCCCACGGGCUUGCAGGUCUGCGGCUCUGAUGGCGCCACCUACCGGGACGAGUGCGAGUUGCGCGUGACGCGCUGCCGUGGACACCCGGACCUGCGCAUCAUGUACCGAGGCCGCUGCCAAAAGUCCUGUGCUCACGUAGUGUGCCCACGCCCCCGUACAUGCCUUGUGGACCAGACCGGCAGCGCUCACUGUGUGGUGUGUCGUUCUGCCCCCUGCCCGGUGCCUUCCAGCCCCGGCCAGGAACUCUGUGGCAACAACAACGUUACCUAUAUCUCCUCGUGUCACCUGCGCCAGGCCACCUGCUUCCUGGGUCGCUCCAUUGGCGUUCGCCACCCAGGCAUCUGCACAGGUGCCCCCAAAGUACCACCAGAGGAGGAAGAGAACUUCCUGUGAGCUGCAGCAGCUGGGCCUGGUAUUUGAGGCCGUCCCAAUUUUAUUUAUUGUCACAGAAAAGAUUUUAAUUUAUGUCACGUGGACAUUCCCCAAACCUGGCCUGAAAGCACUUGGGGUCCCCUAGGAUCCUGAGCAGGUAUCACAGGACGGAAGGGAGGUUUAUAAGAGUUGUAUAUGCCAUCACCAGGUACUAGGACCAAGUUAGGAUCCCAAGGAGGGCAGCUUCACGGAGACCCCUGCUUGAUCUCUCUGCCUGCUUUUCAGACUGGAGCUGAGUCUCAGGGCACGGUCAGUGCCAGUGUGUCCACCUCAACUGCAGUUCACACAGGGCCUCUCGGCCUCAGCCCAGAGAAACACUGGGUUCUUCCCUAUUCGCUCCACUUAAGGAGGGACCUGGUGGGAGCAUCGGGCCGUGGCUGACUGCCAGGCCAGGGUAGCCAGUGGCUGCCAGGGCUCACUGUGCCCAGAGCACUCCAGAGUCACUCUAGUGCCUACCGCCCUGCACAUCAGCCUGGUGCUGCUUGGGGCAUGACCCUUCCCUCUGACAGCUGCCACUCAGAGUUACCCAUGUGCCUUGAAGGGAACCACGAAGAAUGGGGAGCUGUAGCUCAGUAGCUACAGUGCUUUCCCAGCUCCCACAAGGCCUGGCCUUCAUCUCCAGCACCACGUAAAACAGACAUGGGGGCACAUGCCUGUCACCCCAGCACUUGGAAGAUAGAGGCAGGAGGAUCAGGAGUACAGGGCCAGCCUUGAUUGCACAAUGAGUUCAAGGCCAGCCUGAGACCUUAUAUCUCUAAAAAACUUAAGGGUUGGGUGGUUGUAGGGCCGUAUUAUACAGGCCCAUAUUUUUAUACUCCAUUAAUUCCAACUCUUGCGGGGCAGAGGCAGGCAGAUCUCUAUGACUUCAAGGACAGUCAGGGCUGUUACACAGAGAAACCCUGUCUCAAAAAAAAAGUAAAUAAAUAAAUAAAAACUUUAAAAAGGAAGACAAAAUGUUCAAUCAUACAGAGAAUCAUAGGAGCAUGCAGAGCCCCCCAUGUGGAGGAAAGGAUUUCCCAGGGUCUUUUCUAUUAUCCUCCCUCAAGUCCUCAGCUGGGCCUUUCUUGCAGUAUACCAAAAAGUGUCCUUAGCAGGUUGCCGAGGCAGCCUCUCCCACCCUGGGGUUCUGCCUCACCAAAGAAAUAAAGAUAAUAAAACCACU